CUACCUAGAACUCAAAAAACAACCACCUCAUCAUUUCCCUUUCUUUUUCUGUUCUGAAACAAAACAUGUUUAAGAAACCAUCUCCGCCCUUAAUGGCGGCAGCCCAUCUCCGGUCAUUCCUCUGCCGCCGUCACUUCUCAUCACCACCACAACACCACCACCACAUUUUCCGGCCAACCCAUCUUAAACCCUACUCUGUUUUCUUCCCAAAAUUCUUUUCAUCACAAAUUGACCCAAACCCACUUCAAGAUACACAACACAUUGUUCAAUCUUUAUCACAUGAAAUCACAAAAGACCCGAAUGACCAAACUACCCCUCUCUCACAACGCCUUGAUAUAUCUUUCUCACAUAUAUCUAUCAGUAAUGAUAUUAUACACAAUACCCUAAAUCUAUCUCCAACUUCUGGCCGCUCUGUUUUCGAUUUUAUGAACUGGGUCUCAAAAAGAUCCGAUUUUGAUCUUACUGAUCAAUCUUUAUCUUAUUUUGUUGAUUAUUUUGGCAGGAGAAAAGAUUUCAAGGCUGCCCAUGAACUGCUUUUGUCGAAUAAAGGCGUGUCGGGUUUGAAAUGUUUCGAAUCGUCCGUUGAUCGGUUGGUAAGAGCUGGUAGAGCUACACAGGUAGUUACUUUUUUUGAAAAAAUGGAAAUUGAUUAUGGGUUUGUUAGGAAUUUGGAUAGUUUGAAAUUUGUCGUGUCGAAAUUGUGUGAUUAUGGAUAUGCUAGUUAUGCAGAGAAGUUAGUUGUUGAUGUUGCGAAUGAGUUUUUUCCGGAUGAGUUUAUUUGUGAUACUUUGAUUAAAGGUUGGUGUGUUGGUGGGAAACUUGAUGAAGCUAAGAGGCUAGUGCAAGAGAUGUAUAGAGGCGGGUUUGAGAUUGGCGUGGUUGGAUAUAACGCGAUUCUUGAUUGUGUUUGUAAGCUCUGUAGGAAGAAGGAUCCGUUUAGGUUGAUAAAUGAAGCGGAAAAGGUGUUGGUGGAAAUGGAUGUUGCUGGAGUUCCGAGAAAUGUGGAGACUUUCAAUGUGUUGAUUGGUAAUUUGUGUAAGAUUAGGAAAACUGAGGAUGCGAUGAACUUGUUUGAUCGGAUGCAGGAAUGGGGGUGUCAUCCGAAUGAGGAAACGUUUCUUACUUUGAUCAAGAGUUUGUAUCAGGCUGCGAGGGUCGGGGAAGGUGAUGAAAUGAUUGAUAGGAUGAAAUCGGCUGGAUUUGGGGAUUCACUUGAUGUAAAGGCGUAUUAUGAGUUUCUCACGAUUUUAUGUGGAAUUGAGAGGGUUGAUCAUGCUUUGUCGGUUUUUGCAAAGAUGAAGAAAGAUUGUCAGCCCGGGGUCAAGACUUAUGAUCUUCUAAUGGGGAAGUUAUGUGCUCAUGGGCGUGUUGAAAAGGCAAAUGUUCUUUUUAAAGAAGCUGAAAAGAAGGGAUUACUGGUUGAAGUGAAAGCUUAUAAAUUGGAUCCAAGAUUCAUGAAGAAGCCUGUGGUUGUGAAGGAGAAGAAACGGGAGACGUUGCCUGAGAAGAUGGCAAGGAAAAGGACACGGCUUAAGAAGAUCAGGUUGAGUUUUGUAAAGAAGCCAAAGAAGGCACAAAGACGGGCUUAUUAAGCGCAUUUUGAAGAUGAAUGUUGAAGAAGAUGUUGCUGACCAGAAUUAUAUUCUCGUAACAUUUGUUGAUCUUUCUUGUCUGGAAGUUUACUAAAAAAUGUUUCUAACCUGUGAUCUGUAUUAUUACAAGGUCUUGUUCUA